AUCACACCUCCUUCCGUUCCCACACUAUCAUAACAUAUCCUCAUCACAUAUACCUUCCUCCCACCCCGAUCUUCCUCCAACAACUCGAUAUAGUUUUUGAAUAGCUCCAAAGGCAUCAAUCAAAACAGCUUUCUUCAAUUCAUACCGCCGCUCGAGGCAUCCCACCAUUCCCAGCUACAAGAAACCCGCAUCUCAUCCAAGCAUGUCAGGCAUGCCAGGCAUGCCAGGCGGCCGCCGCCACACCGACCCACCCCCCUUCAUCCCGGACCUAGACCAGCAAUACCACGACGGUAGCUCCUCGCCAGAGAAGAACAAAGACAAGGACAAGGACGCCAGCAGGUUUACGACCUUCUCCUGGAAAAAAGGCGCCAUGGACGCCGAUAUCGAGGCCGAAGAGCAGGCGAUUAGGAGGGCGAAAGCGAAGAUGGAAGAUGACUUUCCUGUGGUGGCCGAGCUGGUUACGAGUUCCGAUAUAUCAGACAAAUACACCCUCUACAACCUCUCCCACGCCCUCUCGCACCUCUACAACCGCCCCCAAUCCUCCAUCACCAUCUCCCUCUUCUAUACCGCCUACCUCCUGCACGACCACACCCUCGACCCCUCCUACAUCCUCACCAUCAGCGCCCCCCCCGCCCUCUGCCAGGCCCACGACAACGACUGCAACGCCGUCGCCAUGGCGCAGUUUCUCGACGAGGCGCUCGCCGUGCCGCCGCGACGCGGUACGAUUAAGUUCCUGCCGAUGCACUUGUCGUGCCUUGCGGUCGGAGGACGCACGCUCCUAGGCGUCCUUGUGGAGCAGGUCCAGGCUGAUCGCGCUGCGAGGGAUUUGUUGGGGGUGGCGGAACAGCAGACCCGGGGGAGGAGGAGUAUUUCGUCGUUGAGGGGGUUGGGGUUGCGAAGGUCGAGGAGGGGGGAGCGGACUGCUGAGAGGGGGGAGGAUAGGGAUGAGGUGGGGGGUGAGGUGGAUAAGGAGGAGGUGAGUGGGGAGGGGGGGGAUGAUGGGAGUGGGAGUGGAAGUGGGAAAGCGGAUAAGGGGAGGAAGGCGGCUAAGCUGAAGAAGUCGCUUUCGUCGGUGUUCUUUGGGCGGGGUGGUGCUUCGUGA